AUGCAGGAUGAAAUUCUGCUGACUCCCUGCAGGGAAUCCCCUGCUGAGGACACAGACUCCUUUGCCUCCCCGAAUGAAGAGAAGUGGGAUUUUGUCCUGGUGAGUGACAUCCACGAAAUGGGCAGUGAGAAGGAGAUCAAGAGGAAAAAGUUCCUGGAUGAGCUGAGCAAGAAGGGCUUCACCAUCAAGAAAAUCGAGGACACAAAGCUCUUUUAUGGAGUCCGUGCCCCGCCGCACAUCUUCUGGAAAUACCAGUGUCUCCUGACGAACCCCAACAGCAGGCAGCAAAACUCCAGUGCCUACCAGGACGUCCCAGUGACCACCAGGAUACGGGUCGUGCACUUCAUCCUCCAGAACACUGUGACAUCUGACUUAGAGAAGCUGCAUGACCUGAUGAAGAAGAAGGUGUUUGAGGCAGCCUUUCCCCUGCACAAGAAAGAAGAGAUAAGGGAAAUACUAAAGAAGAAGUGGGCUCGCUGGAGAGUUCUAUUCAAGGAACAGCCAAUUGAGCAGAUCAGGUGCUAUUUUGGAGAGAAGGUGGCCUUGUACUUUGCCUGGCUGGGCUGGUACACCUACCUGCUGAUUUUUGCUGCCGUGGCUGGGCUGGCAACCGUGGCAGCUGGGGCUACUGUUUUCAGUUCCAGCCAGGUGAGCAAGGAGAUCUGUGAUGCCAACAACACCAUCAUGUGCCCGCUCUGUGACCAGAACUGCUCGUUCUGGCUCCUCUCUGACACCUGCACCUAUGCCAAGGUCACUCACAUGAUUGAUAAUGAGGCCACGGUGGUGUUUGCCAUGUUCAUGGCCAUCUGGGCCACUGUAUUCCUGGAGCUGUGGAAGAGGGAGAGAGCCAAUGUGGUCACCAGCUGGGACCUGUAUGGGUGGGAUGAAGAAGAGGAGGAGCUGGCUCUGCAGCUGAUCAACAACUCCCAGCACGAACCCCGGCUGUACCAGCACUCCUACCUGCGCAGCACCAUCGUCCUCCUCUUGGCCCUGCUGAUGAUCAUGCUGCUGAUUGGCAUUGCCCACGCACUCGUCAUCUACCGGGCGGUGGCCGUGGCGGUGUUCACGCAGAGCGACACGAGCCUGCUGAGCAAGCACGCCGACAUCGUCGCCGUGAUGACGGGGGCCGUGCUGCACUACCUCACCAUCAUCAUCAUGACCAAGGUCAACUGGAGCGUGGCCCUCUUCCUCUGCGACCUGGAGAAACCACGGACCUUCUCCCAGCGUGAGAACAGCUUCACUGUGAAGAUCUUCCUCUUUCAGUUCUUCACACACUUCUCCUCGCUCAUCUACAUCGCCUUCUUCCUGGGACGGGUCAAUGGCCACCCAGGGCACUACGUGCGCAUCGCUGGCCACUGGAGGCUGGAGGAGUGCCACCCUAGCGGCUGCAUCACCGACCUCUUCAUCCAGAUGGCUGUCAUCAUGGUGCUCAAGCAGACCAUCAGCAACAUCAUGGAGUAUCUCAUCCCCUGGAUAUCCCACCAGCUGCGGAAGAAGAAAAAGCACCCCCAGAGGAGAAGUCUGAUGUUAGGAGAGGAGGAGGAGGCAGAGGACCCCUGCAAAAGGCAGUGGCUGAAUAACUAUGAACUCAACGAGGUCAAUGUCUUCAGCUUGUUCAACGAGUACCUGGAGAUAGUGAUCCAGUACAGCUUCACCACCAUCUUCGUGGCAGCCUUUCCCCUGGCCCCGCUGCUGGCCCUCAUCAACAACGUCAUCGAGAUCCACAUGGACGCCAUCAAGAUGAUGCGGCUGCGCCGGCGCAUGGUGCCCAGGAAGGCCAAGGACAUCGGGAUCUGGCUGCAGGUGCUAGAGGCCAUUGGCAUCCUGGCUGUCAUUGGGAACGGGCUGGUGAUCGCCAUCACCUCCGACUUCAUCCCCGUGCAGGUCUACAAGUACAUGUACAGCCCUUGCACGAGGGAGAACCACACCAGCAUGGACUGCUCCACUGGGUACAUCAACAACAGCCUCUCCGUAUUCCAAAUCCAGGACUUCGAGCCCCACACCAAGGUGGUGCCAGAAUUUAAAGGGGAAAGGAUCAAGGAGUGCAGGUACCGGGAUUACCGCAAUGCUGAUGAUUACACCUACACCGUCCAGUUCUGGCACAUCUUCGCAGCCCGGCUCGCCUUCCUCAUCCUCUUCGAGCACGUGGCUCUGUGCGUGAAGCUGAUCGCAGCCUGGUACAUCCCCGAUGUGCCCCAGAGGGUCAAGAAUAAAAUUCUGACGGGAAAACACGAAAAUCUCCGUAAUGAACUGAGCACGGCAGAAUACUCCACCGAGGUGUAG